GCUCAAACAACCCUUCCACCGCUGUGGGAUACUGAGGAAUACUUAAAAAUAACGCAAAUAAAACCUUUAAAUGAUGGAUGGGUUAAUAGACGAAGAAACUUUGCAGGAUGUCUACGCGUGGAUAGAUAAAAUACCUCUCUCCAAACCAAAACGGAACAUUGCGCGAGAUUUUAGUGAUGGAGUUAUGGCUGCAGAAGUUGUGAAGCAUUUCUUCCCUAAAUUAGUGGAUCUGCACAACUACACGGCCGCACAUUCCACGCAACAGAAGCUGUGUAACUGGAGCACUCUGAACAGAAAAGUUUUUUCCAAGCUGAACUUCAGUGUACCUCUGGACACAGUCAAGAAGAUAGUUGUCAGCACAGCAGGCUACAUUGAACCAGUUCUAUGCUCUUUGAGAGAGAAGAUAGAGGAGAGGAAGGCAGAAAAGCUAAUACACGACGGAGGCACACAGGACUUGGAAUAUUACAGCAUUACAAAUGGACAACCGAUAUCAGCAGAAAAUCUUCAGAUUAUAGACACCAUGCAAACCAAUCCUGCUAUACUGAAGAAGACAGCAAAAGUCAGCACUGCUGCAAACAUAGGACCUACUGUGGACCCAGCCUUCCAAUUGCUCUUGGAUGACAAGGAGCAGGCCAUUUUGGCUUUACAUGAGACUGUUGAGAUUUUACAGAUAAAGGUCAACAAAUUGGAGCACCUUCUGCAUCUAAAAGAUCUUCGCAUCGAGGACCUGACCAAGCACUUAGAGAGAUACAAGACCCGUAACAACAACACAUGAUCAUGUGAAAAAAUAAAAAAAUUCUGAUCACCCAAGAACAUAGAACUGUACGCUCCUUUUGUUUUGUAUCAACAUUUUGAAGGCUAAGAAAAUCAUGUCAAGUAAAGAUGAGUACAUGACUUGAAACUAGUGUUGUUUUGUUAAGACAAUAAUAGCAUUUCUGCACACAGUGAAAACAAACACAAAGCAAGGCAUGAAACAGUGUAUUCAUGAAAAUGUGAUGGUACAGUUCCAAGGAAGAAAAAAUGAUUUGUUUAACAUACUUCAGAUGUAAGGAAUACCCUUGAUUACUGUCCCUGAGCAUCUGUUUCUAUUCAGACUAGGAUAUGACUGUCUGCAAUUCUUUUUCUUUUAUGUAUUUGUAAAAUUAAUGAAGGAAUUUGUAGAGCAAUAUACAACACUAACUGAAA